AUGGGGGAGAAUUGUCGAGCUGAUUUCAUCGAUUUUAACGGCAAGGAAAGAAGUGAAAUUAUUGCUGUCAGUGCCGGGGUAGUUGAUUUUGGUGCAGUUCAAUGCCAAUGUGAGAAUCAGCAUUAUUACGGAGAACCACGAGCAAUCUGUGCACAAAUUACAACAACACCACCUCCUACUACAACACCAGCUAUGUGUACAUGUUCUGAUGGUACACAAAUACCACCUGGAAAAACUCAUUCCAUAUCAGACUGCCAUAGUUGUUACUGUGAUGAAAAUAGUUUAGAAGCGCAAGAAAUUAUAGCUGACUGUUUUAUAGUCCCAUGUGUUGAUUCUGUUAAAAUACCAGGACAAUGUUGCCCUAACUGCCCAAAUG